ACCUACGUGAAUGUGAUUUAUUUAUUUCCAGGGCCAGGAUAAGGUAAAUAAUUUUAGAAAUCCCAGAACACUGAACAGUGAGCUUUUCAUACGUAACAUGUGUGAAACUAUGGUGUACUGGCAUAAUUCGCCUUAUUAUAAGAAAAAGUAUACUGUUAAUGAUAGUACAAUUUAACAUACCAAUGAAAUAACUCCUACCAAUAAUGAAGUGCAACAUUCGAGAACUCGCUGUCUUGAGCGAUAAGCCUUGUGUUUUAGAAGGAAGACUAAAUUACAAAAAAGUGGCAAAUGGAAGCUACCGCAAUCAAGCAGUGUUCAAGGAGAGGUGGUUUCGCCUUAUUAACAAUUAUUUAUUCUAUUUUAAAAUCAGUGAGAUGGGAAAGUUUGAUACAAAGAACCCAGCUGGUGUGUUUGUGAUGGAGAACUCCUCAAUACAAAUGGAACAUGGACCAAACAUAUCCUUCUCAUUUUCAAUAUCUUUUAUAGAUGAGCCUGAGAAGAGACAUGUGUUUGCCGCCCGCAGUGAAGACAAUGUUGUGCAGUGGGUGAUGAAGCUCCGCCAGUGCUCCUAUGAGUACUUGCGAAGCCAACUGCAUACUCUACAAUCCAAAGUGUUCUCUAUUACUGGCAAGGAUCCUCUAUUGCUGGUGCCAAGAAAUGAUGGUGCAUGUUUGUGGGCUCCGGCUGUGCCCUUCUCCACUGUGCCGGCCUGCACCACCGGCACCAGCUCCUUCAGCUGCCACCUCCACACCACCGCCUUCACACUGGAGAGGAGCAAGUCUGACGUGCAGACACAUAGACAUUUAAAAUCAGAUUACAACUCCAAAACAAGGUUCUACGUUAGUGACCAUUCUGAUCGUGACGAGCCCAAGGAGGACUCACAAAGUUAUGCUCUAGAGAAAAGUAAAACAUCCGCAUUCUUCACCACCAGUUUAAAUCCCGUUGAUAUAUCAAUAUUUGAUAAUCGACCAGCAUAUUCUAGGGCUGCACCGAGCCCUCCCGUCAGAACUAAAUUAUCCCCAAGUAUGAGACGCAUUGAACUAAAUACCGAAGUGCAGUCGUUCACAGAUCAAGGGAAAUUACAAAACUUAGGACAAAUAGGGAUCCUUGAUGUAGCACCGAUACCACCUAAAAGAAAGAUAUCUCCCAGAUCUUUAGAUAAUAAUAUAGAUAGUAGCAAAGCGUCAGAAAACAAUGUUAGUACUGAAAAGCUGUCCGAUAACACUUGCGAAGAUCUUAUUAAAUUCUAAUAACUAAGCACCCAAUUCAGGUGUGUUGAAAAUUUUGUUCCCACCAAGUUUCAUUUUUAUUAAAUAUUUAUAUGUAACUCUUGCCAUACAAGAGCAUAUUUUAUAAAAUAUGUAACCCAUCCAAAUAAUGACCUUGACAGUGCUAACUACAAAUGAAAAUAAUGUUGGUAACAUUUAAGAAGUUGUGAGCAUCAUCAGUCAUUCUGUUAGCAUUUGGAUGGAGUAAUUUAUUAAUUAUUGAUUUUGUAUAAGUAUACUAUGUUAUUAUUUGAUAGAGAAUGUAAUACGUACAUUUGUAUGCAUUGUGAUAUUGAAAAGUGGAAUACUUGUUGCAUUUAUUUAGAAUAAAAAUUAGAAAUAUAUUUUACACCAUUUCGCGAUUUGCGUAUGAGUGAAACGCUCAUUGGAGAAUCGGGAAGUACCUACCUACUCAUUGAAAUAUAGAAUGGGCGCUUUCGGUGCCGCGUAAGCCGAAAUACUGUCAACCCAUCCGCAAAUCAGGAAAUGGUGUAAUAAUUAUGCCUCAUUUUAGUUUUUAAGCUCUAUUUCUAGAUCUGAUUGUUCAUAUUAUUUUAAGUGUGUCUAAAAAUAAAACUCCCAAACGAUAGAUAGCUUUGUUGAUAUUAUCAUAAACCAUCCUAGAAAACGUGUCUCUAGCACUUUGUCCCACUUUCUUCCAAUCUUCUAAUCCAUUUAAGCUUCGGUCAAACUGGCAAAUUCCGCAUGGGACGCUAAUUCUAAACAUAUGCGGGCGUCCUAUCCCGCUACAUACUGCUAUAUAAGCUCCUCGAUGCAACGGCGGCUUGCAUUCCGCGCGGAUUUACCACAGUUUGGACGAAGCUUUAGACUUCCGUCCGUGCUUGCAUUGAGCUUUUGAGAUUAUUCGUAUUUAUCAUUUUAUUACUAGUCCACUAGUCACUUGAUAUUCUUAUAUGUAAGCAAGCAAGAUAUUGUGAUUUAAGCUUUGCAUAUUAAAAUUCUGUAGUUAGUAUCGAAUUGUAACUCAGCAAAUUGAGAAAGAAAGUAUAUUUUUGUACUGUUCCAGUGUUUUGUAAAUGACAAUGAAUUAAUAUACAAAUUCAAAAAUU